AAAUGGCGGCGCCCAUGCGGCUGUAAUCUUCAGACGGUCACAUCAGUGAUUAUAGUGGAGAAGCAUGGGUGACUUGAAGAAUAUAGACACUGAAAACCUCUCAGCACCUGUCAAAGAAAUAGAGGAGAAAUGGAAACUGCUACCAUCAUUUCUGAAGGUGAAGGGGCUUGUCAAGCAACAUAUAGACUCAUUCAACUACUUCAUCAACGUAGAUAUCAAGGAGAUAAUGAAGGCCAAUGACAAGAUCACCAGUGACGCUGAUCCUAACUUCUAUAUGAAGUAUCUGAACAUUUAUGUUGGAAUGCCAGAUGUAGAAGAGGGGUUCAACAUCACCAAACCAAUUUCUCCACAUGAGUGUCGUCUACGAGACAUGACCUACUCAGCACCCAUCACAGUGGAUAUCGAGUACACGCGAGGCAAUCAGCGAAUUGUGCGUAACAACCUGCUCAUAGGGAGAAUGCCCAUCAUGCUGAGGAGUUCCAACUGCGUGCUGCAUGCCAAGAGUCCUGCAGAGAUGGCCAAGCUCAACGAGUGCCCCAUGGACCCAGGGGGCUACUUCAUCGUCAGGGGGACAGAGAAGGUGGUACUCAUUCAGGAACAGCUCUCUAAGAACAGGAUGAUCGUGGACACUGACGUCGGCAGGAAAGGGAGUGUCGUGUGCUCUGUGACUAGCUCAACUCAUGAGAGAAAGACUAAGACUGAUGUAAUAGUCAAGCAUGACAAGUACUACAUGAAGCAGAACUCGUUUUCAGAGGACAUUCCCAUAGCGAUUAUCUUCAAAGGUAUGGGGUUCGAGUGUGAGCAGGAGUUUGUUCAGAUGAUAGGCAGUGAAGAGUCGGUGCUAGGGGCAGUGGCCCCGUGUCUAGAGGAAUGCCAUAAGGCGGGCGUUUUCACUCAGCUACAGGCGUUGAAGUACAUUGGCAACCGUAUCCGUCAACGUCGUAUGUGGGGCGGUCCAAAGAAGACAAAAGUGGACGAGGCGAGAGACGUGCUACAUGGGGUCCUUCUAUCUCAUGUGCCAGUGGUGGAGUGGAACUUCAAGAUGAAGGCAGUGUAUCUGGGCCUGAUGGUGCGUCGUGUCAUACAGGCCCAGCAGGGCCUCGUCAAGGGAGACGACAGGGAUUACUAUGGCAACAAGAGACUUGAGCUAGCCGGGUCACUGAUAUCACUGCUGUUUGAAGACCUCUUCAAGAAGUUUAAUACUGAGCUGAAGAAGAUAGCAGAUGUAACGAUUCCCAAACCCAGAGCGGCCCAGUUUGACAUCGUGAAGCAUAUGCGUCAGGACCAGAUUACCAACGGCCUUGUACAGGCAAUAUCUACAGGUAACUGGACGAUCAAGCGAUUCAAGAUGGACCGUGCAGGUGUCACUCAGGUCCUCACACGCCUCUCCUACAUCUCAGCACUUGGCAUGAUGACCAGGAUCUCGUCACAGUUUGAAAAGACGCGUAAAGUGAGUGGACCCAGGUCCCUACAGCCCUCACAGUGGGGUAUGCUGUGCCCGUCUGACACACCAGAAGGGGAGGCUUGUGGGCUUGUAAAGAACCUUGCCUUGAUGACCCACAUUACCACAGACCAUGACGAGGGUCCGAUCAUCCGCCUGGCGUUCAACCUCGGCGUGGAAGACAUCCAGCUACUGAGUGGCGCUGAAAUCACCAGCAAAUACGUCUUCACUGUGUUCCUUAAUGGUAAUAUUCUUGGUGUCAUCCGUAACUACAAGCGCCUGGUGAGGACCUUUAGACUGAUGAGACGUGCAGGUUACAUCAAUGAGUUUGUCUCCAUCUGCCCAAACAUGUCCCACAGAUGUGUGUACAUAUCCUCAGAUGCUGGCAGAGUCUGUAGGCCAUACAUCAUUGUGACGAAGUGCAAGCCCCUGGUGACCAACCAGCACAUUCAGGAGCUCAACCAGGGCUUCCGCUGCUUUGAAGAUUUCCUCAAGGAGGGCCUCGUGGAGUAUCUCGACGUCAAUGAGGAGAACGACUGCCUCAUUGCUCUCUAUGAGAAGGAGAUCACACCGUCCACAACUCACCUGGAGAUUGAGCCAUUCACCAUCCUGGGCGUGUGUGCAGGCCUGAUCCCCUACCCCCACCACAACCAGUCCCCACGCAACACAUACCAGUGUGCUAUGGGCAAACAAGCCAUGGGCACUAUUGCCUACAACCAGAGGAACCGUAUCGACACCUUGAUGUACCUUCUGUGCUACCCCCAGGCACCCCUAGUCAAGACAAAGACAAUAGAGUUGAUCAACUUUGACAAGCUCCCUGCAGGCCAGAAUGCCACAGUGGCCGUGAUGUCAUACAGUGGAUAUGAUAUAGAGGAUGCAUUGGUCAUCAAUAAGGCAUCAUUAGACAGAGGUUUUGGCCGUUGUCUGGUGUACAAGAAGCAGCAGGCCACGCUGCGUCGCUAUGCCAACCAGACCUUCGACAAGGUGAUGGGACCAAUGGUGGACGCAGCUACACGCAAACCCGUCUGGAGACAUUCUGCACUAGACUCGGAUGGGAUCUGUGCUCCUGGUGAGAUGAUUGAGAACAAGCAGGUGUUUAUCAACAAGUGGAUGCCUACGAUGACCAACAGUCCCCUGCAGUCUUCCGCUGAUGCAGAGAAGCAGACUGACUAUCGGGAAGUACCAAUAACGUACAAGGGUUCUGUCCCCUCGUAUGUUGAGAAGGUGAUGAUCACCUCCAACUCGGAGGAACCGUUCCUCGUGAAGAUCCUCCUGCGGCAGACGCGACGACCAGAGAUUGGUGACAAGUUCAGCAGCAGACAUGGCCAGAAGGGGGUUACAGGCCUGAUAGUUCCACAAGCUGACAUGCCAUUUUCAGAUUUGGGAAUCUGUCCAGAUGUGAUCAUGAACCCUCAUGGCUACCCCUCACGAAUGACUGUUGGGAAACUGAUGGAGCUGCUAGGAAGUAAGGCUGGGGUACUGGACGGGAAAUUCCAUUAUGGAACAGCGUUUGGUGGUGACAAGGUAUUGGAUCUAUCAGAAGACCUGAUUCGUCAUGGUUUCAACUACCUAGGCAAGGAUUAUGUCACAUCUGGUAUCACUGGGGAGCCACUCUCUGUGUAUGUGUACUAUGGCCCAAUCUACUACCAGAAGCUGAAGCACAUGGUGUUGGACAAGAUGCAUGCCAGAGCCAAGGGUCCCCGGGCUGUAUUGACACGGCAACCAACGGAGGGCAGAUCUCGUGACGGAGGCCUCAGGCUUGGGGAAAUGGAGCGUGACUGUCUUAUUGGAUACGGGGCCAGCAUGCUGUUAUUGGAGCGUCUGAUGAUCUCCAGUGAUGCCUUCGAGGUUGACGUCUGUGAGCAGUGUGGCCUGCUGGGAUACCUUGGAUGGUGCCAGUACUGCAAGUCCUCCAAGCACGUGUCUACACUGAAGAUGCCCUAUGCAUGUAAACUAUUGUUCCAGGAACUUCUGUCUAUGAACAUUGUGCCUCGCCUUUCAUUGAAACGUUACAAUGAAGUAUAGCACAUGGGGUGUUAGUAGUUGAUAGUUCAUGUGUGAUGAUGUUUUGUUAAAAUGAUACAAGGAAGUAUUGUGAAACCUGUGAGGAGUAAAAGACAAAAUGUG